AUGUCCGACUGGCCAGGCAGGCCCAGCAAAUUGGCGCCAGGAGAGAAGGACUUGGUAGGUUUCAGCGCUAUCUCCAAGGAUUCGAUUCUGGAAGGAUGUAGGACUGGGGAUAUCGACUGCUUGAAAGAAGCAGUGUUUACAUGGCCUAUAGAACGGGCAACAGAGCUUCUCGCGGCCAUAGUUCCCCAUCUCGACCUGCGAAAACUCCCCAAACGAGCAGCCUCGGACAAGAAAAGCGCCAGCGCCCAGAUAGACACCAUCCACCGCGCUCUCCUGUCCAUCGAGGCGCUCGAACAGAUAACAGAUGGACCACCCGACUUCAAAGUCUCCAUUUCCACACAGAUCCUACCACACCUCGAGGAAGUUCUAGAUUGGGCCUUCUUCAUCACGCACAACACAAGCAUGUACUGCACGACCACUGACAUGGCGCGGGGACUCAUCGUGCGGACAGUAGCAUCGCUGGUGAACAUCCUCAAAACGGACGACCGGUUGACGAAGGAGGCGUUGAGGACGGAGGCGCGGGGUUGGGUCAUGUUGUCGUUUCUCCACCUCAAAGUGCCCAAGAAGACUUGGGACGAUCCACCUGAACCGGUUUUCGUCGCGGACGAUCUGAGGGGGUGUCUUCUCCUCCACUUGGCCUUUGUCCUGUUCUCUGGCGAAGAGCCGCAGCAGGUGCUUCACAUCCCACGGUUCACACGGGAUCUCAUCGAUAUGCUCCUUCUACGGGUACCUCUUGUGGGCGCAUCGGUCUCCGGAGCCAAGCUUGAAGACCUCGACUGGAGCACCGUCGCGUCCAACUAUUGGGUUAUCGUCUUUCUGCUGAAGCGGAUCCAAUCUGCACUGCCUCACAUCGCGAACCCGAUGCUAACGACGAAGGCCUUUCAGCAACUUAUGGACACGACAGUCAAAGUGCUGGAUCAAGGGAUUCUCAGUGACCAGAAGAAUAGGUUUGCCAGCGCGAUUGGGACGCUUCGCCAAAUGGCUUUGAGGCACGACCGGGUGCACGAUGGCCUCCUUGGACUGAUUAGGGGUGGAUACUUCCAGGCUCUGAUGAUCGUUGGGCGGCACCCCACUGACAUCUCGGCGAGGACAGAGUACUACUUCCAGACGGCCAGCACCUUCCCUCUGACGCCUUUGACGUUGAACCAUAUCUGGAAUUUCGUCAAAGGGGAAGAGGCUGCACGAAUUUCGGAGGCCGAGCCGAAUCGAUUCACUCCGUUGUGGACGAGGUUCUGCGACGAGAUGACAUCCCUUUCGGCUUCGCUAAGGGUUCUGAGAGUCAAUUACGGCUAUUGUGACUCCCCUCAGCACCCACACAUCGAUAAUGUCAACCACCGAAUUCGUCCACACUUCUGUUCUUCAUGUCAUACUGUGUCCUAUUGCUCAAGGGGUUGCCAGAAGCAUGACUGGAAAGCUCGUCACAGGGACGAGUGCGACGACGCCCGACAUCUCUACCUCGGUACAAUCCCUCAGGCUUCCCGCCCCCUCUCACCUAGUCUAACCUCCCCAACAGAACACAAAACGAACAAAACAUGGAUCUCCCGCUCCCUCAAACGGUUCUACUUCGCCUGCAUCGAGAUCAAAUUCAACAUCUACUGGCGCUCCCUCCAAUCCUCUUUCACCCCUUCCCAACUCGAACUGAUCUAUCAGAUAGAGCCUUGGGUCACCUUCUUCAACACUACGCUUUCAUGGGCUUCAAUCCAACGUUUCCCAGCAAAGAAGUAUCCGUUUAUUUUCCCGCAUCUGGUGACGAAGCCCGAGUUCCUGGAUCGUUUGGAUUCGUUUCUGGAGCCGUUGGGUAUUGGUGGGUACCAGGAUGUGAGGGUUGCAGAAGGGAGGUUUACGGGACCGAAGGGUGUAGCGGUGUUGGUUAUGGUGCGGAUGCAGUUGGAGACAGUCGAUCCUGGAGAGCAGGGGAGUUACUGGGUGACGAAUGGGAUAGUCAGGACUUGGGACCUGAUCGGCUUCGACGACGGCAGCGGCGACUGGCCCCUCAAGCCCACUGCAACCGGAGCAGAUGACGAUGACCUGCUGGAAGUUUACAUCCAGCUCGACUACAACUUGAAGCCUCUGAAACCACCGGAGCGCCCAAUGUGCAAGAUGCCAAUGUCACGGUCGACGGCUUGUUCCAAGACAUGCCUGCGUUUCAGAAGGCCAUCCGGAACCGUUUGCACGGCCUGGACUAUGGCCUUUACCAUCUGUCUCGAAUUCGCCACUGUCUCUGUCAGCUGA